AUGUCAAAAAAUAUAGUGCACGAAUAUUUCAAUCGCAAAUACACUGAAUGGGCUAUUAUAGGGUUCUUGGAAGAAUGCAACAUUAAAUCAUUCCGUGAUAAUAUUGGUAUUUAUCUCACUUCUCUCGAAACCAUCAUUAAAACUGAAAAUGGCAGAAGGCGCGAAAAAGCACAACAGUUAUACAAACACUCUUUGUCAUUCAAGUCUCCAAGUCGAGCCAUGAAGCCAGGUUCUCGACCCGAUCGCACAUUGGCACGGAAAUGGGAGUCCGAACAUGCACAUAAACAAGUUCAUUUCCAUCAGCCGACUUUUUUGGACUAUGGGUCUGUACAUGGUUCUAUACACGGGACUGUCAACGGGACUAUAACUGGUGGAUCAUUCAUUGUUGGAUCAAAAAGAGAAUAUGAAGAGGAUGAUUUUGAAUAUCGAAUCGAGCCAAAUCAAAUAAAACGUACGAGAUCGGAGCGCCAACGAACUCCUGAAGAUCAGAUACGUCCGUCUUUCUUUCCUUUAAGAGUUGAGCAACAUGCAACAGCCACAUUAUUGAAUCAAAUUAAUACCAUACAGGAAUUAUGGGCACGACAACAAUCACAAAUUAAACCUCAAACAGUAUUAGUCGAUGUCGAGGAAUCAGUUUUAGAUGAUGCCGAGGAAUCGGUUUUAGAAGAUAAUUACUAUUUCAUUGAUAAAGAGGAAGUUAAGGGGUACGAUUUUACUGAGCAUGAGGAAAUGAGGAAUCUGAACUCCGAAAAUGUGUCAAUUCGGAAUACUUUGCUUGAAAUACUCUAUCAAUGCCGAUCCAAAGAUCUUGAAUCAGGCAAGACGAUUAUGAAUUCGAUUUUUUUGAACGGAAUAAUAGAUAUGACAGAUGCUGAAAAGCAAGCUUGGGAUCAAACCACUGUGUUCAAGGAUUAUUGUAGUCAGUUCACAGAAGAUAAAUGCGAUCGAGUCCAAAUCCCCACUCUCGUGCGAAAGUCUUAUAUUGUGGGUCGGUUUGAUCCCUUCCUUCAUGAAGGACAUGAUAUUGCGCAACGCAUAAUGACACAUUUUUCUGAACGUUUGGAAGCUCCAAUAAACCCUGAGUCAAAUGCAUCAAGCCUUGAAAGAACAUAUUCAAUUGAUACAACCAUAUAUAUCAUGAACAGACUCUUCAGAAUGCACCAAGAUGUGCUGGAUUGGAAUUGGUAG